GCGCAGCAGCUCAGGCAGCGGGUGCACUAUGCCUGAUGAAAUGUCACGGCCUUUAAUCCGAGAGAGAGGUGAAGGAGGGAGCUCCAGACGCCUCGAAGCCUCCAUGAGUGAGCCCAGCGAUCCUGUGAUUGGCAUCCUGGGCACGGGCGACUUCUCCCGCUCGCUGACCAGAAGGCUGGUGGCCUCCGGCUACCAAGUGGUAGUGGGGAGUCGGACCCCCAAACGCUCUGUGGCUCUGUUCCCCGAAGAGGCCGAGGUGACCUCCCAGAUGGAGGUGGCCAGCCAGGCAGACCUGGUCUUUGUCGCCGUGUUCCCUGAGCACCACUCCACGCUGGUGAGCCUAAAGCCGGCGCUAGCUGGAAAGACUCUGGUGGACGUCAGCAAUGGGCUGUCCAUAACUCACGACGGGCCUUCCAAUGCCGAACAGCUGGCCAACCUGUUUCCAGAGAGUUGUGUAGUCAAAGGGUUUAACACUUUAUCAGCCUGGACGCUCCAGAUUGGACCUCGGGAUGGAAGCAGACAGGUUUUCUUGUGCAGUGACAGCAGUAAAGCCAAGAAAUCGGUCAUGCAGAUCUGUCGCAGAAUGGGCUUCAUCCCCGUCGAUAUGGGCCUCCUCUCCUCUUCUCUGGAGAUCGAAAACCUCCCCCUCUAUCUAUUUCCCUCUUGGCGCAUCCCCGUCCUGUGCACCCUGUCCCUGUUCAUCUUCUUCUACUUGUAUAACUUCGUCCACGACGUCCUGCACCCCUACGUCACAACGGGGAAAAGCAAUUUCUACAAAAUGCCCAUUGACACCGUGAAUGUCACCUUUCCCUCCGUCGCCUUGGUGAUGUUGGCGCUGGUCUACCUGCCCGGCUUGUGUGCCGCUUUCCUCCAGCUGUGGUGGGGCACCAAGUACAACCGCUUCCCCGCCUGGCUGGACCGCUGGCUCACCAGGAGGAAGCAGUUCGGGCUGUGCAGCUUCCUGUGUGCGGCUCUACACGCCAUCUACAGCCUGUGUCUGCCCAUGAGGAAGUCUGCCCGCUACAAACUGAUCAGCGAGGCUUUGAAAAAGUUUAAGGAGGGGUCGGAGGACGUGUGGAUUGACGAGGACGUGUGGAGGAUGGAGCUGUACGUCUCUGUAGGCAUCAUGGCCCUCGGGCUGCUCUCUCUGCUGGCCGUCGCCUCGCUGCCUUCAGUGUCCAACACCAUCAACUGGAGAGAGUUCAGCUUCGUACAGUCCACUCUGGGUUACUGUGCCCUGUGCAUGGCCACCCUCCACACACUCCUCUUCGGCUGGAACCGCGCCUUCCAAGCGUCCCGGUACCACUUCUACCUGCCGCCCACCUUCACCCUGGUCCUGAUUCUUCCCAUGACGGUGGUGCUGGGUCGCCUGGCUCUCUUCGUGCCCUGCGUGGCCCUGCGGCUCAGACAGAUCCGCCGCGGCUGGGAGAGGAACCGGAACAUCCGCUUCACCCUGCCCGAGGACGACUGCGGCAACGGCCUGGAGGAUGUCAGUAACGUGUGAGGAAAAAGUGUAGAAGAAGAGAUCUUUAAUCAACACUCACACAGAAGAUAGAUGGUUUAAACAACUUUGGAAUGUAUUGAAGGCUCAUUUCUGUGUCUCGUCUGAGUAGUUUCAAUGCUGUGUGUCCUUUACACAAAUGAUCAGGUAGUUUAAUAGAAUUGAUCUGUCUUUAGAGAUAUUAGAAGAGUAUUGUCUUCAACCUUUUUGCACUAUGCAUCCUCAAUAGUGAGAAUUUAUUUUGUCCUUAUGCCUUUUAUUUUAAUUUAUUGUUUUUUGUUGUUACUCUGAAGCUUCAGCAGAGUGGAAGA